CUUCAACCAAAACAAAGUAAAUCCUAAUAUUACUAUUUUCUUUCGCCAUGGAUCCGCGUUUGUAUGAAGCUAAAUUAAUCAAUCAUAAUAUAUUUAAAGAACUACAAGGAAGCUUAGAAGAUAAUCCCAGUGGAAAGUUGCGUAAUUUGAUCGAUUUGAGAGAUGAUGUGUUUUAUGUUUGGAACUCCGUCGAAAACUGUUUAUUAAGUUUAAAUCUCAAGAGACUGGAAGAACGCGAUGGUGAUACCCCAUAUCAGAAACUUCACCUCCUGUCCCCACCAGCGUUUCAAGUGGAAAGAGUGGUAACCAGUCCAUGUGGCAGCAGGAUAUGCGUCUGGGGGUCUCGAGGGGUCACAGUGGCUGAGUUGCCGUCGCGAUGGGGAAGAGGAGGGCUUUUCGAUGCUGGCAACCAGACGGUUUUGUGCAAAAGCCACUCCCUAGACGAGAGGUUCCUGUACUCCCAAGCUGAAGUCCGAAGAGUGCAGUGGCAUCCAAAAUCGCUGUCGCAUCUUCUAGUUCUCGUCUCCGAUAAUACUAUCAGGCUCUACAACAUAGCCUUAAAAUCCGGGCCGAAACUUGUGAAAAUCUUCACAAUCGGGCCGAAACCGUCAAGCACGCUCGCCGGUCGGACCAUACUGGACAGUCUUGGCGAUACCGCGGUGGACUUCACGGCUUGUGGUGCGGCGUUAUUGGUGUUAAGGGGCAAUGGGGAUGUUUAUAUGAUGCAUUGCGACUUGGACUCUAAAAACCCUCUCCAGACGAAACUGACUGGCCCGCUGGCAAUGUACCCUCCAGCCGACGAUAACUAUGGCACAGACUCAUGUUCCAUAGUAGCUCUGGGAGACACCGACGGUCCAGCUCUCGUCGUAGUCGCCACAUGUUCCGCGCAGUUGUAUCACUGCCUUCUGCUACCCAAUUCAACUGACAAAGAAGACGGUGACACUCACGCUCUGUACGUGGUAGAAACAGUGGAACUGAACAUUGUACUCAACACAGAGGAGCUGCAGCACUCCUAUCCGGUGCACCUGUACGCGUGCACAAACAACACAUAUGUCUGCGUUCACGCAGGCGGUGUACACGCCAUGACGCUGCCCAUAGUACGUAAUUUGAAAGAUUACGCCCUCAGUGACGAUGCGGAGCCGGAGGCUCGCCUGUCGGCCGUGUGCGGCUGCGCGUCGGCGGCGCGGCACCUGGUGUGCACCAGCGGCUCGGCCGCGGCGCUGCGGCCGCCGGCGGGCGUGUGCGGCUCGCAGCCGCCGCUGCGCCACCUGCUGGUGCUGUGCGACGAUGGCACCGCCCUCGUCAGAACCCUAGAGCCUUACGAUUUAGAAGAACAACUUUACAAAGAACUGCAACUUAAGAAUCCUGCUUUGGAAAAAGAAGAUAUCAACAACAUUCUUAAAGAAAGACAGAAGUUGUCAUUCACAGCAAUUGUUCAAGAAAUUUUGACUCGAGAUGUGUCCCAGCCCAUACUCAAGAUUAACAAGAAAGAUGAGCCCAGUCCCAAGGAAUCUUUGGAGUUCGUGACGCAGGCCACGCUGAAGCUGCGCGGCGAGUACGUGGCGCGGCAGCUGCGCGCGCGCGACGCCGUGCUGCGCAAGCUGCGCGCGCUGGCGGCGCUGGGCGCGCAGCACGCCGCCUGGCUCGGGGACCUGCAGAAGGACGUUGGCGACGUGAAAAAUCAAUCUACGGCAUUGAAAGAGAAAUGCGCUUUAGCUGAAAAACACCAAGAUGACAUUAAAUACAGAUGCUCGGCCGCGCUGCGCGGCGUGCGCGCGUGCUCGGCCGCCACGCCCGCCGAGCGCGCGCUGCUCGCCGAGCUGCUCACCUACAAGCGCCAGGCCGAGCGGCUGCAGCAGCAGAUCCGCGCGCUCAAGGACCACGCCAACGAUAAAAGCGAAGAGCUGAAGAAAUGGCAGGACGAAUACAAGAGGAAAGAUAUUGCGCUUGGCAAAUCCCAUAGCGACACCAUAUCUUCAAUACUGCAGCAACAGACGAGCCAGAUCUCAGCUCUUAUUGAAGAAACGAAGCUACUCAAGGAUCAACUCAGUAUAGUCUAAUUUUAAGUGCCAUCUUUAAUUUCUUUUUUAAUUCUAAUUUAUUAUCCUCUCUGACAUUUAAGUUGACGCCAGAUUUUCAAUUUCUGUCAGACGCGUCGCACAGAAAUAAAUAAAUUUAAUUUU